AAUAUUAAAUGGAGUGUAAGAAUGGUUGCAUGAAAACUUUUUGUAUUGACGUAUAUUCAUAAUGUUAUCUGGGCCAUUUAAGUACAUUUUUCUGAUAAGAAGCGCCUAUAUAACGAUGAAAAUCGUUGAACGACCACCGUUACAUUUGUAUUGCAAUGAAUGCUACUCUACAGUCGAAAAUCCGUAUAAAUUGUGGCAACUUCUUGAGGAGAUGGGCUGAGGGCAGUAACCUUGUUUUUGGGAGAAUAUACGAGUGCAGGGCUUUAAAAUUAGUAUAAACAGUGAGGGUAGUUGCUAGAGUUUAACUGUAAUCUGUAACAAUGUUGUACGGACCGAAUUUGAAGCGAUCCUAUAAGUAUAUAAUGUUUGCCUCCAAGAUGCCUCUGCUGAGGUUCGAGCAGAGCGAUUUGAAGUGCAAAAAUGGCUGUGACUACUUCGGGAACCCGCAAUGGCAGGGAUACUGCUCCAUGUGUCAUAGAGAGCAAAUGAGUCGACAACGGAGGGCAGAGAAAGCAACAUCAGCCACUCUACCAAAACCUGAGCAGAAAAAACCAGAUCAGGGCUUGAAGCUGGCCGCACGCUCGUCAUUCUCCAAAUUCGAGGAAAAACGGCAGCGGCAGAGCGAGACGUUGAAGAAACACAAUCUCCUUAAGUUUACAGUUUUCAAGAAAAGCAGCACAGAUGAUCACGAUCAUACCCCAGAGAAGAGGCCGCCGGAGUUUAAAAUACCGCCUAUGGUCAAAGAUGGUAUGAAACAGGAGUUUCGCACACGUUUCCCCACACUACCCCCACAAGUGGACAGAGACGCGCGGGUGUUUGUCCACACUUUUAUUAUGGAUGUUAUCAAGUGCGCCAAUGUGAUGACUGUCGACGAAUUGUCGGAGAGAGUGCAGAGGCAGUACCAGCGUUUUAUGAAACAUAUGGACACGUCGCAACACUUCGCCAGCGUGGAUCCAGACAUGAAGGAACAGCUUAUGGAUUUCGUUGAAAAACACGCCAUGACUUAUUUACACGAUCUGCCGUCCGUUGUGUUUUCGCCGAUUGGCACUGAUGACGAACGAGCGGAUCGAGCGAUGUCCGAACGGAUACAGCAGCUGAGCUGGGUCGGGGAGAAGCAUCUCGAGUGCAAGCUGGACAGGAACAGCGCCUCCUGUCGACAGCUGCUGUACAAGGCGAUAAACGAACUUCUGGGUAUGGACAGCGCGCCGUCACCCGGCGGUAAGCUGCGGCAGGUGCGGCGCUGCUGUCGCCACGUGCUCGCACUCUGCGCCCGCGACGGAGCCCCGGCCUCCGCUGACGACCUGCUGCCCGCACUCAUAUUUACGGUGCUAAAGGCUAAUCCGCCUCGAUUAGUAAGCAAUAUAAACUUCGUGACUCGGUUUUGCAACGCACAACGCCUGAUGACUGGAGAGGGCGGUUACUACUUCACAAAUUUGUGUUGCGCGAUAUCAUUCAUCGAGAACCUGACGGCCGAGUCCCUGAACAUGGACAAGAAGGAAUUCGAUUGCUACAUGGCGAUGCCUGCCUCCAUCGGGGGAAGUUCCUGGGCUGCGGCGCUGCUGCUGUGUGGGGCGGAGCGCGAGGAGGCGGAGCACCAGGCGGCGCUGCAGGCGGCGCACGAAGACCUUGAAGACAUGCAGCGCCGCGCGGAACGCCUCGCAGUCGACUCGAUCACGUUCGAGGAACAAAUAUCGAAGAAAGUUCAAGACGUUCUCACCAAAACACCACUGGAAAUAAAACCGCGCCGGGAGGUCCCACGCAUAGGAAAAUUAAAAGAAACGCCACUAACACCGCUCAUAGAUUUAGAUACGAGCACGUUGGAAGACACCAGACCUAUUCCAGAAACGGUUUCUGAAAACCGGCCAGUCAGUCAGACAAAUGGCGAAAGUUUUCCACAGGACCAUCAAAUGGAAACACAAACACCCGCAAACUCUGUUCAAGCAACUGAAGAUAUAGAAAAGCUCAAUAUUUUAGGAUUCGAAGUCAUAGACAAAUCGUCACCUUCUAAAUCCCCACAACACCUAGACCAGCCAUGGGAUCUCAAGCAGACGAGUUCUCUGGAACUCCUUACACCAUCACCACUAGGGUUCUCGCCGUUCGACUCCAGAUCUAUAGACGAACUGAUGACACCAGACGAAUUCGGGGCGGACCAGAUGGCGCCGGGCUUGAGUAAUAUAAACUACGAUAUAGAUCUGUCAGACCUGAGUGGCGACAACAGUAUAGCCGAAGAUGCCCCAAAACCAGAAGCCAAAGACCCUUUUAGUCCUGAUGUGCUUAAAAAGCAAAUGUUUGAUCCUUUCGCCCCACAACCGGCUGCGCCUGAAUCUCUAAACACCAUAUUAGACAAGUUCGACGAAUUCAGCUUAACAUAUAGAGCUAAUCAAACGCUAGAUCCAUUUGAAAUAGUUCAUAGAGGAGUUGACCCUUUCAGCCCUCCAGGUCCAAGUCUGCCACAGACUAGCAGUAGAGACCCGUUCAGUCCAGUACAAAAAGAAUCCACUUCACUGUUAGACGAUAAUGAGUCCCCCACAGCAGCGUCUUUGUUACCAUCUCCUCUACAACCUCAAAGUAGUGAGAAGCCGUCAUAAUGUGAGCGUGAGUUUAGUUAAUUGUUGACAUUUGUUAUAACCAAAGUUAAUUUUGGUCGGUGCUGAUAAUUUACAAAAUGAAAUUCUAUUUAGAGAUGGCACGUUUGACCCAUAGCUAGAUGGUAUACAGCCAGUGUUAAAAUGCAAAAUACAGUGAAUUGAGUGGUAUAAGGUGAAGGAUUUUUUCCCAGUUACAUAUAAGGACGAUAUAUUAUUUACAAGUGUUAGAUUGUCUAUUAAAAAUCAUGUUAAUUCAAGUUAUUUCCAUUUGCCAGUUGCGUAUAGAAAUCAUAUAUUUGUAACGAUGUUGUUUUAUAAUGUACAGUCUGACAUAAUGCAUGUCGAAUUGAAAAUACUUUAUUAUUAGUUUGGAAUAUAAUUGUUUGAAACUCAAAUAUUACGGAAAUGCAAUUAAAUUGUAUAUAUAUGUACUGUUUUAAAUUUGACGGUGUCAUUAUUUUUACAUACAAUUAGAAAAAAUCACGAGAUCUUACCACGUUCCCGAUAUUUCGGCGGUGUUUCAACGGCCAUGAUUACGGGUAAACUGUGAAGAGCAGCGGGUAGAUGGUAAAUUAAUUAUUUUAUGGGCAGACAUAAUGAUCCCUUGAUUUUUCCUAAUUGUAUAUCUGAAAUAAACUUAAUUUUAUCUGUCUGAUGUCACAAACAGAUAAAAGCUAUGGUAUAGAAAUGCCAAUGGAAUUUUGAUUUGAUUGUAUUACCAGUUU